GAACUAUUGUGAAUUGCAUAUUUUUAUUGAGAACAAAAUAAAAAAGAACAUCAUCUGUCUUUUGAAAACUGUGAAAAAAUCAUCAGAUAUUUUGCUUGAUUUGUCAACAAAGGAAGUCAUCAAACAGAACAGUUCGACGGACCGGCUGUUUUUAAAUUAAUAGAAUUCCCCCCAAAGUACUUCAUAAAACUUAUUUAAAUCAAUACUCGCAGUUAUGGCACUAUGUGAAGAAUUAAAGGAUGACGAUCGUCCAUCCAAUACUCUCGAGUUAUUCGUGGAACUCGAUGAAGUUAUUUCGAUGAUUGAUUCGAUUAAGGUGUGUCAGGCACGGACCUUCGAGAAAGAAUAUGAACAUUUCACUGAGAUUCUUUCAAGGUAUCAAGAGCAACCACAUCUCCUGGACCCACAUCUUGACGUUUUGCUUACAAAACUUCUUGAUAAAAUCCGUGAUCCCAACAGUGAGGUGGACCUCGUGCAUGCAUGCUUCAAAUACUUGUACAUUCUGUGUAAGGUGAGGACAUACAAAGCUUUGGUGAAGUUCCUUCCACACGAAUUGAGCGAUCUUGAGUUCGCUUUGGACUUGCUAGAAAAACAAGAUCCCAAAGUCUUCGAAAACUGGGAGACUCGUUAUAUUCUCCUUCUCUGGAUGUCCAUAUUGGUGCUGAAUCCAUUUCAUAUGGCUCGACUGGAUGCUUAUGCAGCCGGCGGAGAUGUUGUCAAUUGCACCGAGAAUGCAGCUUCCAACAAAACCAAAAUGGAACGAAUUUUCGAUAUUUGCAAGACUUAUUCCGAACACAACGAUACUUGCGCAGGAAUCACUGCAUUUUUGUCAGCGAAGUACUUCAUUCGUUCAGACAUCAAGGACAUUUAUUUGGAGAAAUUCUUCGACUGGGUAAUUGAGAAUAACAACGCCGAGACUCAGGACGUCAAGUUCGGUCAGUUGGCAGCAGUUGCUGCUAUCCUUAAGCAUGGAAAACGCGAAGACUUACUGCCCUAUGCUCAGCGACUGCAGGUGUGGAUUUUAGGAUGCAACUACAAAGACAGUUCAGACUUCCUCAAAUAUAAGUAUUACAUUAAAAUCGUUCAGCGAAUUGGGUUGGUAUAUUUAAAGCCCCGUAUAGCUGCGUGGAGAUACAAGAGAGGCGUUCGAUCUUUGGCUGUUAACCUUGCCGAACCAUCCGAUGCAGCUAAGCCAAUUAACUUGGAAGACAUUGAUAGCGACAUGGAAGAGGGCGAAGAAAUAGUUGUCCCAGAUUUCGUCGAAGACGUGAUUGAAGAACUACUUCAGGGUCUGCGCAGUCCUGGCAGUGACAUCCGUUGGAGUGCUGCCAAGGGAAUUGGUCGUGUCACCAAUCGACUUUCUCGCACCUUAGCCGAUGAAGUUAUCGGCUCGGUGGUGGACAUUUUAAAUCCCCUCGAACCACACGAAGCUUGGCAUGGGGCAUGUUUAGCUCUUGCCGAAUUGGCAAAGCGUGGUCUUCUGCUGCCUUAUCGUCUCAAGGAACUCGUUCCACUACUGCUGCAAGCUUUGUUCUAUGACGAAAUGAAAGGCUACAUGUCUGUGGGUCAGCAUAUUCGAGACGCUGCGUGCUACAUGUGUUGGGCAUUUGCUCGGGCAUACAACCCCGGAGAUUUGCAACCAUUUGUCCAUCAGAUAUCUGCUGGCCUCCUAACUGUUGCCUCUUUCGAUCGAGAAAUCAAUUGCAGACGAGCUGCAUCUGCGGCCUUUCAAGAGAGUGUUGGUCGUUUGGGUAAUUUCCCGUAUGGCAUUGAAAUCUCAACGACCACAGAUUUCUAUACAGUUGGCCUGAAACAGAAUUCUUUUCUCAUCGUGAGUGAUUAUAUCGCUCAAUAUGAGGAAUAUCAAGUUCCACUUAUUGAUCAUUUGGUCGAGAAGAAAGUCAACCAUUGGGACACUUCAAUUAGGGAACUGGCUUCCAAAGCGUUGCACAAACUUACCCUCAAGGCACCGCAAUACAUGUCUAGUGAAGUUCUCCCUCGUUUGUUCACCAAAACCAACUCAAUUGACAUCAAUAUGAGACAUGGUUCGGUUUUGGCAAUUGGAGAAAUCGUUUGCGCCUUGAAAUUAGUGGAGAAUAAAUCCGAAGAAACGCUUCUAACAAAUCAGAUAGUAAGCGAGUUGAACGAACUGAUUGGAGCAUUUUUGACUCGUGAUCAAUUUAGAGGUAUGAGUGGAGAAAUAAUGAAAGACUGUUGUGUAGAGUUCAUUCGGAACUGCAGUGUUGCCAAAAUUACAGCCAAUUCUAAAUGCUUAGAGUCUUGGCAAGAAAUAAUCGACAAAUGCCUUAUUGGUCAGACCCGUGAUGCAGCAACUCUAGCCCUUGCAGAAUUAUGCAAAGCUUAUUACAACAAACACGAGCGAAGUGAUCAAAAUGGUGUGAUAGUCGCUUCCUAUCUCAAAGGAGCUGAAAAUGAUCUCGAAGAGAAAAUUCGUAUGGGUUAUCUUUGUGCCCUUGGGGCCUUACCCAGUUUUAUGGUCUUACCUCAGUUGGAUAAGAUUAUCGAUUGCCUAGUAAAAUACAGCCAAGUUCCACGACCCAAUUCACAUGAAACGACUUCGGAAGGAGCCGAAAAACCAUCAGAAAAUGUAAUAACCUUCAAAUGGAGUGAAGCUCGUAGAGAGAGCAUUCGAUCGCUGUCGAAUAUUGUCCAGACUGUUGGAUUCUCAAGUGGCUCGGAUGGCUCUAUAGCAAAUCCAAAGUAUUUUGACAAGAUUUUCCAUUGCUACAUGAAGGCUCUGGAAGAGUAUUCAGUUGAUAAUCGGGGUGAUAUUGGAGCCUGGGUGCGAGAAGCUGCCAUGAAUGCCUUAUACCAAUUGCUUACCACUUGUCCCAAAACUAUUCUAAAACCGGAUCAUGUGCAACGAGUUCUUCAGGGUUUGGUUCAACAAGCUGUUGAGAAAAUUGAUCGAACUCGAGGUCUGGCAGGACGACUUUUCUGUAGUCUUAUUAAUGCUGAACCAGCCAUUCCACACAUCAGCCAGCACGAUCGACUUAAGGAAAUUUUCCCAGAAAAUACCGAGGCUGUGCUUUGGUUGUUUGCAGAUCACACAUUCCCCAUGUUUUGUUCUCUUUUAGAAUUACCAGAAUAUUCCCAGAAAGUCCUUCUCGGGCUAAGUGCAAGUGUUGGACAACUUACAGAAUCUUUGAUAAAAUAUUCAUCGGCAGCUUUGUUUAAAUUUCUGCGUUCCCAUCCCAAUGAAAUUCCACGACUUUGUAAUGAGAUUGUUAAGAACUUCGAGGAGAAUUUCAUGGUCGAUCGAGUUACUCACCCGAUGUUGAAUUUCUUAGACAUUCUUAUUGGAUCAGGAACAAUAAAUUCGGUUCUAAUGGACGAUGGAUCUCAAUUUGCCGACGAAAUAUUCCGCCUAGUUAAUGAAGAAAUCAAGGGGCACAAGAAACUCUACAAACUCAUCUCGAGUAUAAAUGUUUUCUGUCAACUAAUUCAAGUUUCCCGUCUUUGCAAGAAAAUACUUGCAAAAAUGUCAGUAUUUUUAGGUCUAACUCAUGUUCAUGUUCGUAAGACGACAGCAACUAAAUUAUAUGAAGCUUUGGCACUUCAUGGUGAUUCAUGUGACAUUCCUGAAGAAAACAUGGAUGAGAUAUUGAAUUUAUUAUCGGAAACAGAUUGGGGAUUACCUUUGUUGGAAAUACGUCCCGUUCGCAAUGAAUUGUGUAAUUUGAUGGGUAUUAAGCCACCAGUUAGUGGUGGUCCGACGAAAAGUACUGCACAUUAAUUUAAGUUUUUUUUUUUUUAAUUGUUUGCAAUCUCUUAGAGAAAGAAGCGAGCUUAAAAAUCAUGAUUUUAUGUUUCCUUUUGUUUAAUGCACGUAGCAAAGCUGCAGCUUUUUCUUAAGUACCAUUUAUAUAUUCCAAGCGCAUAAUCAAAGAAACAAAAUAUUAUCGAAUUCUAACAAAAAUAAAAUAAAAGAAAUAUAUACUCACAGUAAUUAAACUGAAAAAUCUGAGUUAUUUUGCUUA